AUGAUGCACAGGAACAAUGCAAAUGUCACUGAGAGGAGACUUCAAAGAGAUCCGGUGGCUGUGGAAAAUAAUGCCAAUCCCCAAAUCAAUAAUAAUUUAAGACAUUUGUCACCUACGAUUAUUGAACAAUUAAAAAAGUCUUGGCUGACUGCAAUUAUUGGUUGUAUUUUGUGUGCUGUUGGCACUUGUUUACUUUUUUGGAAUGAGGGCAGAGCAGCAUCAGUAGCGCAAUCAUUAAAUGAAGCAUUGGAGCAGGUAGCAAUAAUCGAUGACCUCUGGUCAAUCCCAACAGAAUACGAAGGCCGGUUAGUCCAUAUUUCCGGGCAACUAUGGAUCGACGAGCCUCUAACCGAGCCAGACUACGGAGUGAUAAUCGAGAGCGUAAAAUUAAAACGAAGAGUGCAGGUCUACCAAUGGAUUGAGAUCGAAGAAGAUCGCGUGUACGGUGGAGAAGUCCAGGAAGACAAGAAUUACUACUACACGACCGAGUGGAAAGACAAACUUGUUGAUUCAGAUCAGUUUUACAUUCGAACUGGACACGAGAAUCCCAAACAAGUGCCAAUUAAAAGUCAAAUCCAAAUCGCGAACCAAGUUAAAAUCGGCUCUGUAGCUUUGGGACUUGAGCUAAAGAAAAAAUUUACUGAUUUCAUUGAAAUAACCAGCGAUCAGCGGCCUGAGAGGACUGAUAUUAAAAUGCAUGCUGGUCUGUACUAUCACAGCGCUGAUUUAUGGAACCCGCGGGUCGGAGACAUCAGGAUACUGUUUUCUUACGCAGGAAAAGCUGGAGAAGUCUACACGGUUGUUGGUAAAUUAAUAGAUGGAACUAUUGUUCCAUUUGUCACCUCCCAGGGUGAUGAAAUUUUGCUGCAAAGGAAACACCAGAUUACUGUCGACAGAAUGUUUCAUUUGGAGCAUGUUCAUAAUUAUUGGCGUACUUGGGUGAUCAGAGCUCUCGGAUGGCUGAUUUUAUUCGCAUCGGCGACUUGUCUAGCGAACAUUCUCCGGAUAUUGAUCCAAAAUUCUUCGUUCCUCUGCGGAAUAAUUGCAAUUGACUCAUUAACAAUAUCAGUAUCAAUGUCAAUAAGUCUUUUGAUUAUUGGAUUCGCCUGGAUGUGGUAUCGGCCCGUCGUUGCUUUAUGUCUCGCAUUUGCGGCAGUACUUCCAUUUUUGUACUCUUAUGUAUCUCCAAAUCAACAGCGAGAUGAUUAUAGGAGAAUAUAG